AAAUCAAGUAAUAAAAGAAAGAUAGUGCUAGAGAGUGGCGUUCCAUUUGGAAUUUCCACCCAGUAUUUUAUGUUGAGAUUAUGAUUAUGAUUUGAUUUGAUUUCUCCAUAAUGAGUAGUGAGUAUUUGGUGGGAAAGUUAACUUUUCCACGACGAUGAUGUUUGUGAGUCAAAUCAACGCAGCAUUGGAUGCGCACGCUACAAAAUGAGACAGACUGUGCCUCAAAGUUUGUUGGAUUAGAUAUGAUAUGAUGAUUUUUUUCUAGAACAGAAGCAGUUUCUCAAACUCGUUGCCUCUGAACUUUCACUUUCACUGAAUUUCAGCACAAAAAGAUUGCAAAAGCGCUCCCUACCUCUGUUGGGUCUGUUUCAAAUCUGCAAUUUGCAUACUUGUGGAGCCAUAAGCUUGCUAUGUAUCAUUGAAUAAUUCUACUGGGAACAUCCAUCUCAAAGACAGGAACAUUUGGAUCUUGAAUUGGAGGUGUUACUAAUAGAAGCAUGGCUAAGAGUGUGGAAGGUAUAAAAGGGGGAGGAGGAUCCAUCAAGCUAGGUACCACUGGAACAAUCAGUUCCUUAAUGACAAGGGAAUUGGAUCACAUCUCUUCUGCACCAAAGAAGCAGGUAUCUUCAACAAGAAGUAAAACUCAAACACUUCCUGUUUCAGUUCCCUGUGGCAGUACAAGUACAACCCAAAAAAGACUACAACAAAGAAAAUCAUCAGUUGAAGCCGGUAGCAGUGGAAGCAGUAAAAAUACAAACCGUAGAGUCCCUGGCAAUGGCAUGCCACAGAAAACAAAAACUAAUAGCAGAAAUACACAGAGAAUACCUAUGCUAGGUUCUGAUAAAUGUUCAGUGGUCAGAACUCCAGAGAGGGGAAAAAAUGAUAAAAAGAUACCUAACAUUGUUGAAAUCGUGGACAUAAAAUGUGGGAAUGCAGAAAAGGCUUGGGCCACACCCUUGGCAAGUCGUCUCAAGAAGCUUGGUUUUUCGAAGCUAUCUGAGAGCAUAAUCUAGAUCUGAAAUUUUUUCAUGUCGGACUUCAGGUUCCUGUAACUAAAGGCUGAGGAACCAUUUGGCCUACCAUUGUCUGAUACAUCCACCAUAGAACACAUACUUGGUAAAAGCUUGCUGCUUCCUCGCUUUUUCUUUGUACUUUCUUCUACUACUGUAGAUACAAUUGUGGUUCUAGAACUUGUACUAAUGGAUGAACUCACCUCUGUGGUUGGGGACUUAUUCCUUUGUGAAUUUGAAUCAAUCCUGCUGAAGUACUGAAUUUCUUGCAUUAUGAGUGAUGCAACUGUGCCUCGGGUUCCUAUUUCCACUGGGGGAAAUUCAGCCUUAUCUUUUGUGUCAUUUGAGUCAAGGGUAGUGGAUUUGAGCAUGCUUUUGUUGGUUGGUGUUGGGGAGAAAGCAAAAUCUUUUGAUUUAAGGGUGGCUUGUGGGUUUGUUCUAGAGGGGAAACUGCAGGGACUCUGAGGCAUUUCUUUUGUUACAAAAGAUGUGGUUUCACAAGAAUUCUUCACCUUAUGUUCUAUAUUUGAAACUGAAAUGCAUGGCAUAGGUCUAUGUAGAUAGAUGGAAAUUGGUUGAUGACAUAGUCAGUGCAUUCAUGUGCUUGUAGUUAUAACACUCUAGUGCUAACUACUAUGCCACCUUUUUAAGUUUCAUCAUGUUCUUAAGUACAUGCUACUAGCUAGGUCGUUAUUUGGAACUCUUGUCACUGCAGAGUGGAUCUGAUGGGAUUCAUGUGAAAGGUAAAAGUAGGACGAUCUCUUCCAUUGACUUUUUUUAAGUAAA